GCGGCGGAGGCUUCGGCCGGGCUGGGCUUGGAGCUGGAGUCGUCGACGUCGAGUUGCUUGAGUUGUCGGCUAGUCCUACGCCCGUACGGUUUCGUUGCACCGAGCCUCAGAGCCCCGCAGCGUCCAGCGUCGUCGGGCUCCGCGGGGAACGCGUCCGCCAGCCUCUGUCGCCGUCAGCCCGCCAGCUAGGGCAGCUUGAUCCUUGCCACGCCGCGUCCCGCGUCGCGCCGCGCCGGAGCAGCGCCGGGGAAGUGACAGUGACUCCAACGAACGCGAGGGAUGGGUUGCUGAUCGAUCGCUUCGGUUUAGGGUUUCGGGUUUCGGGUGCGCGGCUUUGCAAGUUCGCACGGAGGUUGUGCGGUCGAGUGCAGUGGACGCCACGCGACCUGCGAGCAACAUGCGCUGGAUGUCCUGCUUCGAGCACCGCCACCACCUGCACACGAUGUGGCCAGCACUGGUGGCGCUGGUGGUGGCGUCCGCGUCCACGACGUCGGCGGAGUGCACCCCCGGGGCGGGCCACGGCCUCAAGUACCUCUGGGGCGACGCCAUGAACGACCCACUCAACUGCAUCGGCCCCAGCGGCAACCCCUACCCGACGGCGGCGAUCGCGCGGUCGUGGGGGCGCGGCCACAGCGGCUCCUGGACGUCGGGGCUGUGGUCCGGGUCGGCGCGGACGGGGCGGGCGUCGGGGCUGCAGGCGCCCACCACCAUCGACCCGCGCCUCACGCAGCAGGCGCUGCUGCGCCACUACGAGAUCAGCAACAGGGAGCCCGAGCUGGAGCUGUCGGCCCGGACCGGGCGCAGCGGCUACAGCCAGAGGGACGCCUGCCCGUCCGCGUCGCCGUCGCGGCUCUGCAAGACGCGCUACAACACCACCGCGCCCAUGUACGGCGUGUCGCUUACGUCGGGGCAGCCCGUCACCAUCGUACAGAAGUUCCCGGACCUCCUGCAGCAGGUCGUGUUCGAGGUUUGCGAGUCGAGCGAGUGCGACGUGGUGCGCGGCGAGUGCACGCAGACCUACGUGCCCUACCUGUUCCUGGUCAUCCCCCUGGGUCCCGUGACCCUCACCGGCCAGGACUACGUCCUCGUCGAGAGCGGCUGCGUGUGCCGGCCCAAGAGCGGCUCCGGCUCCUCGUCGGCCGCGGAGCCCCCACAGUCCGCGCCCCCACCCCCCGGCCCCUGAGGGGUCCCUGAGGGGUCGGGAGAGCCGCCAGCCCAGGCCCUGAGGGCCGCCCUGAGGGCCGCCCUAGGGGGCCGCCGGGGCAGACUGCUACGCUGUGAUGUUCGGAAGCGAGGCGCGCCGUCAGACAUGGACCAAAAAGCUAAACGCGCGCCGAGGGCGCCAUAACGCACGCCUCGUCGCUUUUGUGUGUGUGUGUGUGUGUGUGUGUGUGUGUGCGCGCAAGCGUCUGUGUGAGUGAAAGGAGACAUCCGUGUCGAAGCGCAGCGCCAGCAGUGAGAGAGUGAGACGACGAGUGGCGCCCGCUGGCGCGGUCGUAGCCAAGCAGCGCACGCCGAGGAAGCCGAGGACAAAGACAAGCCUUCAAUUGGCGGCGAGUGGCGGCGCCACAGGACGAGCAAAGGAGAGAAAAGAUAGAAAAACGAAAACGAAAACGAGGAACAGGUCGUUCAAGUGGAAGGCACCGCGUGAGAGGUUCGCCUCACCGCGGACCGCGGAGUGAGUGCCCAGUGCCCCCUGCCCCGCCCCGGCGGUGUAUAAGCCAGCCGCCCGGCCUGGCUAGGGCCUGGCCGCGCUCCGCGAAAAGUGUUCAGCUCUGUUGGGUACAAGUACACAUUGCACCAAUCUAUUGAAAAAUUGGCCGGCCCUUUGGCACAGCUCAAUUGUAGGGCUCUGGUUAUUGGUUGUGGGUUGGGCUCAGCUCUCGCGGUAAAUUGCAGUCAGGACAAAUCCGGGUGAUGGGAAAGCGCCUUUCCAAAGGCGAACUCACAUUUUGCGUCUACAGAUGAAAAAUAAAUAAAGUGCUGAACAUUUUUCGGGAGCUCUGAAGCGACCUGAGCGAAGUUGUUAGUCUAAGCGCGCAGGAGUCCCUAUGUGUAUAUUUAAUUGUGUGAAUGUGUGCGUGCGCGUGAGUGGAUGAGAUGACUGCCUACGUUAAUGAAUUAUUAUAAGAUGAAUGGUGCGCUGUACUUAGUUCUUAACAGGCUUUUAUUUAUUUUUGUGCUGAAAGAUGUAGACGGCUCGUCGUGUUGCUUGACCAUUGUCACAGCCCCAACGGCUACAUGUAGUACCUAGAAACUGUAAUGAAUAUUUAUGUGAUAAAAGGAAAGGACCAUUUGAGUCACAUUAUGCGGACCCGGUGGGAUGUUAGUUUUCAGACCCAUGAAAAUCAAACAAUAACAUUAUACGGUGGCAAGACGGGCGUACAUCAUUGCACGCUAUCUCACUUUCAUCAAAAGAGAUGAGUGUUAUCUGCAGAGUUGAAGUUUUCUGUUUAAAUUCUAGUGAAUUCGUAGCGAGGAAAGGAAAGUCAUGGUGCUUCAACAUGUGAAUGUUACAAGAGCUGUUAAUAAAGCAAUUGGUGAGAUUUUUGCGGA